AUGGCGGAUGACUUGGAGCGGUUACUGGAUGAAGUGGAGAGGCGGCUCUGCCGCCUGCCGGGGCGGGAGGCGGCGGGCGGCCACCGGCACGGCGACGGCGAGGGGGCGGCGGCGGCAGCGAAGGCGAAGGAGGGCAGAUCAGCUAAACUGUUAAUGAGUGCUGGCAGCAGUGAAGAAGAUAUAGAUGACAUUAUUGAUGAAAUCUGUAAUGACAGCAGCUUUACCAAAACACCUCUGAAAUUGAAGUCUAAUUCUGCAAGUCUCACACCUGAAAGCAAUAGUGCUGUUGUACAGGCUCAUAGGAAAAGAUGCUGUCCAGUGUACCUGGGUGGAAGCACUUCACCAUAUGGCAUAGGAACAAAUAUUUCAAAAAGAACAUGUGAUCAACUACGUUGUACUGCUUGCGACUUCCGUGUGUCACUUUUCAAUGACUACAUCUGGGAUCAGUCCUGUGAUUAUCUUUUUUUCAGGAACAACAUGCCUGAGCUCAGUAAACUAAGAGCAAAGAUGAUAAAGAAGAAAGGAGCACGAGCAUAUGCUUGUCAGUGCAGCUGGAGAUCCAUUGAUGAAUUAACUGACCUCCAAACAGACCAGCAGCUUCGGUGGGUUUGUGGUAAACAUGCAGAAUGAAGUCCUUUUGUGUGUGGUACCUACUUCUGUGGAAACAGGUCAUAAACCCAAUUUGUUUCCCAUGCAGUUUUCUGAGAACAGAUGGAAACCUGAAUACUUAUAUCUAGAAAUAGAUUAUAACACCCAGACUUCAACCUGAAAACUUUUUUUCAAUUUAACUGUCUUGCAAGCAAUACGGGGAGUUCAAUUAUUAGAAGAAACAACCAAUUUGGAGGCUUUCUGGAAGCUAAAUGAGGUUAAAGCUCAUACUCAGUAGUGUUAAAGGAAGAGGAAAC